GGUGACGGUCACAGAGGAAAACGGAUCCUGACGCUGUCCUCUCUCUCCUCUCUGGAUCAGAGCUCAGUGGGCAGGGCUCAGAGCACAGAGGACACUGACCUGUCUGUCCUGUGUGAGGACCAAAGCUAUACUGACAAGACCAACCAGGGUCCUAUGGAGCUCUGUCCCUGCUUAUAUCCAGCCUCUCGCUCUUUCUCUUUUUUUUCUCUCUCUCUCUCUCUCUCUCUCUCUCUCUCUCUCUCUCUGUCUCUCUCUCUCUUGUUCUCUCUCUGCCAAUACUUCCAGUGAGUAAUUGAGUGCUGGCCGGCUCUCCUACUGUAGGUGGAGCUGGCUUUCCUGGAAUUGUGGGGCAGCUCUUCCUGUUGUGCUUGCUACUUGCUACCUCUUGCUCUCCGUCUCCUGGUUCCUGGUUAAUGACAGCCCUGCUCCGCUACCGCAGGAUUACUGCCUUAUGAAGACUUGUUCCAUCUGGAUACUGGCCUCUCUUCUGUUACUGCACACUGCCACCGCCUCGUUUCGGGGGGGGGGGUUCUUUUGUUGUUGUUUAAUAUACUUUCAUGAUUUGGGUCAGAAGUUCCCCCUCAACUGAAAUGUCUCUGCAGUGCAAAGCGGGGCAAAAUCCAUCGAUAGCUGAUCAGCUUCCUUGGAUUUUGCUGACGACACCGCUUUGUUGUGCGUGAAGAUGGAAACACUGGAGUCGGAGCUGACCUGCCCAAUCUGUCUGGAGCUCUUCGAGGACCCACUGCUCUUGCCCUGCGCUCACAGCCUGUGUUUCAACUGUGCCCACCGCAUCCUAGUCUCCCACUGCACCCCCAACGAGCCUGUGCAGUCCAUCAGCGCCUUCCAGUGCCCAACCUGUCGCUAUGUCAUCACCCUCAGCCAGAGGGGCCUAGAAGGACUGAAGCGUAACGUCACUCUGCAGAACAUCAUUGACCGCUUUCAGAAGGCUUCCGUGAGCGGGCCCAACUCCCCCAGUGAGACUCGCCGCGAGCGGGCCGCCCUAGACAGCACGGCCAUGACCUCCCCCAGCGAGAGGGUGCAGUGUCAGUUCUGUGAGCAGGACCCUCCCCAAGACGCCGUCAAGACCUGUGUCACCUGUGAGGUGUCCUACUGCGACGAAUGCCUGAAGGCCACCCACCCCAAUAAGAAGCCCUUCACUGGCCACCGUCUGAUCGAGCCCAUGCCGGACUGCCACCUCAGGGGACUCAUGUGUCUGGAGCACGAGGACGAGAAGGUGAACAUGUACUGUGUCACAGAUGAACAGUUGAUCUGUGCCUUGUGCAAACUGGUCGGUCGGCAUCGGGACCACCAAGUAGCAGCACUCAGCGACCGCUACGAGAAACUGAAGCAAGCCUUGGACUCUAACCUCAGCAAUCUAAUCAAGAGGAACAAUGAGUUGGAAACUCUGAUGGGCAAGUUGAUUCAGACUUGCCAACAUGUGGAGUGCAACGCAUCAAGACAAGAGAACAAGCUCCUUGAAGAAUGUGACCUUCUGAUCGACAUCAUACAGCAGAGAAGGCAGAUGAUAGCCACCAAGAUAAAGGAGGGCAAGGCUAUACGGCUGCGAAAGCUAGCCCAGCAGAUCGCCAGCUGCAAGCAGAUCAUUGAGAGAUCAUCGUCCCUCAUCACUCAGGCUGAUCACACCCUCAAGGAGACAGACCAUGCCCGCUUCCUGCAAACAGCCAAAAGCAUCUGUGAAAGAGUAUCCAUGGCAACAGCAUCCUCUCAGAUCCUGAUACCAGAGAUCAACCUCAAUGACACCUUUGAUACGUUUGCGUUGGACUUCACAAGGGAAAAGAAAAUGCUGGAAAGCUUGGAUUACCUCACAGCACCAAAUCCCCCAAUAAUCCGGGCGGAAUUGUGUACGGCAUCGAACGACACCAUCACUGUUCACUGGACGUCUGAUGACGAGUUCUGUGUCGUCUCCUAUGAGCUUCAGUAUGCCAUCUUCACCGGACAAGCCAAUGUUGUCAGUUUGUGUAACUCGGCUGAUAGCUGGAUGAUUGUGCCCAACAUCAAGCAGAACCACUACACGGUGCAUGGACUCCAGUGUGGCACCAAGUACAUGUUCAUCGUCAAGGCCAUCAAUCAGGCAGGGAGUCGCAGCAGUGAGCCUUGGAAACUCAAGACCAACAGUCAACCAUUCAAGUUGGACCCAAAGUCUGCUCACAAGAAGCUGAAGGUCUCCCAUGACAACCUGACAGUGGAGCGAGACGAGACGUUGUCCAAGAAGAGCCACACUCAGGACCGCUUCACCAGCCAGGGCAGCUACGGCAUCACAGGGAAUGUGUACAUCGACAGCGGGCGCCACUACUGGGAAGCCUUGAUAGGAGGGAGCACAUGGUUUGCUGUGGGCAUUGCUUACAAGUCAGCACCGAAACAUGAGUGGAUCGGCAAGAACUCUGCCUCGUGGGUACUGUCUCGCUGCAACAACUCCUGGGUAGUACGUCACAACAGCAAGGAGAUGCCCAUCGAACCGUCCCCCCACCUGCGUCGUGUGGGGGUGUUGCUGGACUACGAUGCUGGCUCCCUGGCCUUCUACGAUGGCGCCGGCUCACAGCACCUGUACACGUUCGACAUCGCCUUCGCUCAGCCAGUCUGUCCCGUGUUCAACGUGUGGAACAAGUGUCUGACCGUCCUCACAGGGCUGCCCAUCCCAGACCACCUAGAGGGAACAGACUGCCGGGAUUAACAGUCCAGCUAAUAGAACACAGAGACACAGAGGGAGCAGAACAAACUGAUUACAGCCUCACCUGGCUGCCUUUUUGUCACAUCACCAAUGCUGUAUAAAACAGAAUAAAGCCAUGGUCACAGAUGUCUCUAAUCAUGCUCUUACUAGAAGUCAAUUCAUUUCUUGAAUUAUUUAUGGAAACCAUUUAUUGGAUUUUAUUUCUUGCUUUGCACAUUAAUGUACACUACUAUAUGUAUGCGUGUUGCGCUGAGAGAGGAAGAUGGAUAUAACGUUUUCAAAUUCAGUCAAACGUAUUUUCAUGCAGCUCUGAGAAUAGUUGAUUUCCUUCUUACAAAUGUAGAAGGUUGUUUCCGUCUUUCCGUGUGUCCAUCGUUGGCAGCGUGUUGAUGAAGGGUUCGUGUGCAUCCUGUUGAUUUUGACACGGCAUCACAGCGGCAGUACCACUGAUUACUUCAUAAAGCAGUCGUAACAGGAUUGGUCAUCUACACCUGUUCUGUUUCAUGCAGGUGUACCAAGAUCCCCUCUACAAUUAGAGUUAUAAUAAGCAUGUUAAGAGUUAUUUUAAGAGUUCUUCUUAGGGUGAUUUAGUGCACUGACAACUCGACUAUGAUUGACAAAAUAACCGAGACAAUUCUUCAUCUUCUCUUUGUUGAAAGCCACUAUGAUGUUAAAAAGCUUACUAUUGCUGAAAAUGUAUAUUUGAAAUAGAAGCCAUUUUAAGUUAAAUUUCGACACAGAAAUAACUUAUAGAGUCGAUUGAAACACCACCGCGUCACACGGUGAUGGAAUUUUGAAUAUUGAAUAGCUCCUUGUGUGUUUCUGCUAAAGACCAGAGAGGUGAAGCGAGAGGGAUAACUGGGCGUUUUAUUUAUUUUUUGCUCACCAACCACAGGAGUUUUUUGUCUGGUCAAAGAAAGUGUGUCAAAUUUGGUUUUGAAAAAUGCGCUUAUUUGCUACUUGUGGCUUAUUUGAUUGAAUAUAACUUUCAGAAUGAUUAGGUUGUUACGUGUGUACUGAUAUAAGUAGGACAUGCAGGCCACUUCGAGAAUUUUUUUUUUAUAUUGGAGUUGUACCUGGUCGUCACUAGUUACCGCAGCCACAAAGUUUUUUAAUGAUUUAUUUGAUUAUAUAUAACUGUAAUUUCGACUUUGUGUAUGUGGUAGCUAGUUGAAUCCAUUGUGCCUGUUCACAUGCGUCCUAAAAUUCUAAAUCAAAUGGCUAAAUUAUACAUUUUAUGACCAAUUCCAUAUGUUAGCUUAGUAGAUAUGGCGAUCUAAAGGGCUUAGACCUACAGGGAGUUACAUGUAAUUAAAUGCACCAUGUGCAAUCUCUGUAAAUACCUUGCUGUUUUCUUCUCACAUAUUGGCUCUGUAUGUUCACAUACAUUUGGUAUUUGAGCAAUUUGACUUUUUCUGAUGCCUGCAUCAUUAUUUUCACACUAGUGUACAUUCCUUGUUAAACAUGUAAUAAAGUGACAUCAACACAC